AUAAUAAAAAUGUAAGAAAUCGCAUUGGUCCCCUGUCGCGUCUUGAUGACGUCACUUGGACUUUUUAUUUUUUUUAAUCAUGGCGGAGGAGGAGGGCCGUGAGGAGAUGAGCAGCAGUGGAGAGCCCGAUAAAUCUGCAGCCAUGGAUACCUCUGACCUUUCUCCGCGGCCUGCGCCUGAGACAUCAGAGGAAAACGGGAGUACGGACGCGGAACCCGAACCCCCCGCGGACAGCGACCCGGCACCUUUGUCGGCCCCCCCCGAGGCUCAGGAAGAGGAGUUCCCUGCCGACUUUGAGCGCCUGUGGAAGGCGGCACAAGACAGCCCCCAAGACUUCACCUGCUGGACUGACCUGCUGCAGUACUGCGAGCAAGAGGGUCACGUUGUUGCAUCACACAGAGCACUGGAGGCCUUCCUCACUCAUUACCCGCUCUGCUAUGGCUACUGGAAGAAAUUUGUGGAUCUGGAACGCCGUGGCGGAUCCAACGACAAAGCAGAAGAGGUGUGUAUUCGAGGCCUUCAAGCCAUCCCCAUGAGUGUAGAUCUGUGGAUCCAUUAUGUAAAUCUGUUACUGGGCACUCUGGACAUGAAUCUGUCAGAUUCUCCCUCACGGAUCCGCAAGGUUUUUGAAGACGGCAUCACAGCAGCAGGGAUGGACUUCCACUCUGACCGGCUUUGGGAUCUGUAUGUGGAGUGGGAGAAGGAGCAGGGGAACAUGAGAAACGCAACAGCCAUCCUGGACCGAGUGCUCAAAGUCCCCACCCAGCUCUACAACACCCACUAUGACAAGUUAAAAGAGCACAUCAACAGUCACCCACCUAAAGAAGUUCUUUCUCCAGAGGAGUACGAGGAGCUGAGGACGGCGUGCCGUCAAAGCCAGAAGGCGGCACGCGCCGAACAGGCCCAGCAAGAGGAAGAAGAGAGACCUCCGGGGGAGGAGGAGCCCGCCACACCAGAAGGGGUGGACUCUGAGGAACUCAUGCAAAAGAUAAGGGAACGAGUGCUGGCUGUGAGAGACAAGGUGUAUCAGGAAAACGAAGAAGAAGUCCGCAAGAGGUGGCACUUUGAAGAAGCUAUCAAACGGCCGUAUUUCCAUGUGAAGCCGCUUGAUCGUGCCCAGCUCCAAGCUUGGCACUCCUACCUGGACUGGGAGAUGGCCGAGCUGCACAGGGACACAAAAGACGCCACACAAGAUCCAAGCCAAGCAGCUGCAGAGGGAUCCGAGCCUCAGGAAGUACCAAAGGAUGCUGGGAUUGCCCGUAGCGAUCACAGACUCCGCGUUUUGUUUGAGCGCUGCCUCAUCGCCUGUGCGUUGUACGAAGAGCUGUGGACCAGGUACAUCAGAUACCUGGAGCCACAGAAUGCGGAGGAGUCACGGGCCGUUUACCGGAGAGCCUGCCAGAUCCACCUGCCACACAGACCCAACAUUCACAUGCAGUGGGCUACGUUUGAGGAACGGCAUGGUGACAUAGCUGAGGCUCGGAGAGUGUUGGAGCAGUUGGAGAAAAGGCUGCCUGGUCUGGUGGUGGUCCGCCUCCGCAGGGCUGCUUUGGAGAGGCGAGCGGGCCAGCUGGAGAAAGCCGAGUCCCUUCUGCGUGAGGCGGUGGCCCAGUGCUCAGAGAAACCCUCACUACAUGCUUUCUACUCCAUCAAGCUGGCCCGUCUGCUGCUGAAAGUGGGCAGGAACUGUAGCGAGGCUCGCAGAGUUUUACAGGAAGCACUGGAAAUAAGUCCAGAAAACGAUAAGCUCCACCUGAACCUGUUGGAGCUGGAGGUGUCAGACGCCUCGGCUGAGGCUGUGCAGGAGUGUGUGCGGCGAGCCCUGGAGGCGCCUCUCACUCCAAACACCAAGAUACUCCUCUCACAAAGAGGCCUUCAGUUCUCAGAGGACUUCAGCAACUCCAUCAAGAGCGUGAUUUCUGUGUACGAGGCACACCAGAAGCUGCUGAACGAGCUGGGAGGAGCAAAGAGGGCAGCUGAGAACGGAGACGAGGAUCCAGAAAAGCAGAGCAAAACCGAAGAGGACUCCACUGUUGCUGCUGCCACCACUCAGACCGCACCUACCCCGCCGCACGUCCCCAUCACCACGCCGCCUCCUGUGAUGAGCACCGACGUGAGCGCACAGACGGGGUACGGAGCGUACAGCAGCUGGUACCAGCAGCCUCAUUACGGCGGCUACGGCUACCAGAACAGUUGGAACUACAACCAGGGUUAUUAUCCGCCCAGCUGAAGAACAGACCGAGCCCUCUGGGCUCACAUUAAACUCAGCAGCAUCAUCAUCGUCUUCCUCAUCUCCUGCCCCGUCACAGGAUUCAUGAAGAAGUCGCCUGUUCUGAUGGGCGAGUGGAAAAAGGAGGAAAGCCAAGCGUGUGUUUUAUCUGGAAUUAUAAAAACUCCUCUGCUUGUUUCUUAAAGUCUCCCACUUUGUAGGAGGAAGGUUGAUGUUUUGUACGAUUCCACUGUGUGUUGUUUUUGCCUGUUUUUAUGUAUAUAAAAAUGUUUUUAGUGUGA